AGCCGGUCGUAGCGGUUGGUAGCAUUGGUAGUAGUAGUUUGCGGUUUUCAAACACGCUUGUGCACGAGGGAGAGAGAGAGAGAGAGAGAGAGAGUGAGUGAGAGCGGGAGAGGGAGAGGGAGAGUGGCAAACGAGGGGUUGAUAGUAUCAAUUUCGUACGUAUUUCGUAAUACGAUUCCAAAUUACGCCGUCAUUGUCUUCUUCCGACGAGUCACUUUCCAUUGCACGUGCAAUCUCAUCUUAUAUGCGCGCGUGUCUCUAGGGCGGUCGCGAGAACGUACGUGAGGUUUGGCGCCAACCUAACCUCGAGCUGCGAGCCGCAACAACGGUUUUUAAAUGCAACUUUCACCGAUGAUAUCUCGGUAGCUCUUCCGAUUUUCGCGAAAAUGAAGGAGCUAGAGGAAACCAACUGCGAGAUUCGCAGAAUCGUGAAUCUUCGCUUUCCUGCGUCAAGCUGGUUGAGCAAUCGCGAGUACGGUCAGCCGGCAAAUCUCCAAGAGCACGACAGCAUCGGCGAUUGCCGUGGAGGAUUUCUGCAGAAUGCAACGUACGCCUGGCUAAGUUGCGGCUGCCACUUGACAGUCUUCAAUGCAAAAGUGGGAGAGUGCAUUAGCAGUUGGACAUUUCGUGGCGUCGUAACGUCCGUCUCCCAAUUUCCCACGCAAUCUGGAGAAUUCCCAUUGCUGUUGGUUGGAAUAGAUAAUUGUGCCAGCAAACUGAAAGAUUCCUCCGGUUUACUUUGUAUAUUCGACUGUACUACGUCCCGUGUCUUGAGGGCUAUCCGCAUGCCGUGUGGGAUAGAACAGGUGUGCGUAGUGACUGGUGGCGCAGAGUGGGAGGAAUUCAAUGAUAAAAGACCCGACAAUGUAUUCAGUGAAAUGGAUGGGAUGGCCUGUGUAGCUCUACGUAAUCUUUACCAUAUUAUGAUUGAUCUCCGGAGAACUGUAUGGGACGCGCAUGAUUUGUCUGUCAUUAUGGACGAAACGUCACCAGCGGAGAUAGACUUUCCGUCGGCGAAGCAUAUUAUCGGUAGAUCCGUUCGAGAUAAGCACGCAGCUUACAAUUUGCUCAACGACCGUAUAGAAAGGCACCUUGGCUUCAACAGAGUAGAUUUCGAGUCGUCUUUGCUCGGUGAGAGUUUGACCACCGCGAUUAUUAGUUCCACAAAGAUUGGCUGUUUAAUCUCCGGCUGUUUGGGCAGAGUGAUAAUUUGGCAGAGCGAUGGUUCCAUAGGCUGGAUCAGUACGCCCAUCGACGAGAACAUGGCGGUCACGCAUUUGGCCUUGUUGGAGCCCACGGACGAUCCUAGACCUUUUUAUUACUUGUGGGUAGUGUUUCAGGACGAAUUGUCAACGGCGCCGCCGAUAUUGCGAAUGUACGCUAUGCUAUUUGAAAGGAAAUACUGCGACAGAGAGAUAAACUUGUACUUCAACCUGGAAGAUGAUCCCAGUUUGAAGUUUGAAUCGGAGCUGAACGAAGGUGACAGGGUCGUCGGUUUGUACACCGUUGAGAGAGAGUCCAAUCCAGAGCAGAGUGAGUCGGCCGCUAGAAGAGGCGAGGAUAAUCUACUGCUUAUCACCACCAACGACAGAGUGUUUCUGUUCGAUCUGAAUCAGUGGUACAAGGAGCAAAUGCCGCGCACCAUCGGCGAGUGUCAGAAUCCAAACAGCAUGUUGGCGACGUACCGUACGCGAUCGGAUGGGCAAAACGAGGAGGGAGACAGUCGGGUCGUAAGUUUCGCCUAUAUCCCGCAGAGUUUACGAGAGUACUCCAGUAACGGCCCAAGUUCGCCCGAGGAACUCUUCUACCCCAACUCCUUGUCGCUCGAGUGGGUGGAGUUGAGCUCCACGAAACUAACGUUCUGGAUGACACGCGGCAUUCAGACCGACUUGUUGCGUGAGAUUGCUACGACGGGUCCAGUCGUAUUGAUACAACCGUUUGAAACGUUUCACCGAUGUCUCUCUGUCGGACUGGUGCCGUACAAUUCGGAAUUCUCGUUCGCUAGCGAUCAGAAUGCGCAACGAGAGAUGUUGCUGUCGCUCUGCUUGGAACAGCGGUGGUCCUCUUUUCUCAUCAAAUGCGCCAUGGAGUGGUCGGAUGGUAGCGCUUCUUACUUGUACCCCACUUUUCUCAAGUGGGGUGUUUACAGAGCUUCUACGUUAAAAAUGACCGCGGAUCGUCUCUGCGUUCCUCUAUUCGAUCAGUCAGGCUGUAGCAUCGGCGAAGCCGACGUGAAAGCUUUACGGUUUUACUCACAGCAAUUGGAAUGUUUGUCCAAUGUAAUGGCCAAGUUACCGUCCGCUACGGUGGAUUUAACGAAGCAACGAAGGAUGUUGAGACGUGUGUCCACGUAUUUCCAAGUACUCCUUUGGUUCUACGAUGUGGGACUGUUGCCUGAAACGCAAGAUUUGGAAGAGGAGGAGGAGAGAGGGGGGAGGAAGAAGAAGAAGAAGAAAGCAGUGGCGGCGGCGGAGAUAGAGGAGGCGGAGGAGGAGGAGGAAGAGGAAGAAGAGGAAGAAGAGGAAGAAGAAGAAAAGGAAGAGGAGAAUGUCACGUUGCCCAUCUCCCUAGCGUUAAGAGUGCCUUAUCCCUACGAGAAGCUCUCGGUACUUUAUAAAGAGAAACGAGUACAGUUUUUAAGAAGCAAUAGAAGAAAUGGCGAAAAUGAAGAAGACUUGUUUAUUGACGAGCUGAUAACGCGCGAGUGCUCCAUUUUAAAAGCACAAUGGGAAAGAGAGGGUGGCAUCGCCACGCAUGGCUGCUAUCCACCACCAUCGUUGCAAUCUCUACUGCGAUCUUACUUAACCAAUUGUCAUCAGACGGAAGCAAACGAGAUCAGUUGCAGGCAUCAGAUCACAACUUAUCUUUUGAUGGACCUGGUUAUGCUGCUGCAGCGGCUGUAUCCCGCUGUGAAACAGCUGAUCAAAUAUCCGUCCGCGUUCAUGAUGAGCCCCAGCCUCAUCAAGCUCACUCAGGCGUUCUGGCUGCUCGAUCACGAAAAUUACCAGGAAUUUCUCGACACUAUUACCGGCCAGUUAGUCUGCGACUCCGAUAUUAAGGAUUGGCACCAUCGACUCGUAUUGCGCACUUUGGUGCGUAACAAUCAGCACAAAUUAGCGCUCGUAUAUCUUCGCUUGAGGAAGCCUCCCCUGUCCUCUAUAGAGGAGCAAUGUGUGGCCAUGAGUCUCUCGGUGGAGCACGGUCUGGUGCAGUCCGCUUUCCAUCAUCGGCCACCCUGCCACUAUGAACAACUGCUGACCAGCUUCUUCCGAGCGUGCAAGAAAUACAAAAAGCUCGAUGAGAUUUUGCAUCUAGUGCUAGACUCCGAGGAGGAGGAGGUGUUUGUCAAGUUUCUCGAAGAGAACAAGAUGGACGAUUUGCGGGUGUUGUACUAUCUACAACGAUGUCGUUACACGGAAGUAAUUGGUGGCUAUCCGAUCCGGCAGCACCAGUCCAACUUGGCCAGAGAUGUGCAGUCUGUGUCGAUCAGUAUGCUCGGCGCGUACGACAUGACCUUGCCCGAUGUUACGAAACGAUUCUCCACGAGUGCGGCCGCGACAAAUUCGGACGCAGAUCAGAAGGCGCGCUAUCCUAGGCCGAUGUCGCAUCGCAAGAGUCACGACAGGCUGCGGAGUAUACACGAAACGGUGAUCGCCAAGGCCAGAGAAACCUAUCUAAGAGGGGAGAAGAGUCAGAUCCCGUUUGUCAGUGCGCCCUGCACGUCGUUGAGGAUCAACAGUUACGGCGCAAACAUGAAUUGCGUCUUGUUUCCGGCGCUGGUACGCCAGAGUCGCGGCAAACGCACGGUCGAUCAGAUUUACGAGGAGGACGACACGCCGGGAAAUAUAAAACGUCGGAAACUAUCGGAAGGGAACGUCUCACCGUGUAGACAAGAAUCGGGAGUUGCAGAAUUUCGGGAUACUUUCGAGACACCUCUGGUAAAGCGCAAAUCUAAUGUCUACACGAGCAAAGAUUGCGUUUUAGAGACGCCGCAGUCGAUUUUGAAGAUUAGACAACUCGUGAGAAGCUCGACAUCUUCUACCGCGACGCCCGAAAUAAAGGAGGCAACCGAUAGAUUGGCCGAAAGGGAGAGAAAAGUCAGUAGACAGAUACGAUUCAACAUCAAUCAAUCGAAGAAAGCUCUGGUGUACGAGAACGACUACGAUGAGGACGAGGACGAGGACGAGCAAGUGGAGAAGGAAAAAGGAAACGAGACUAGUGUUUCCCUCGAACCAAAUUCGAACGAAGCGAGUAGCGAGCAUGCGUUCUUCAACCCAGCCGCGGAUAACAAAUCAGCGUAUUACGAAAGUGCGGUUUUGAAUGACAGUAGUAUCUCUGGUAAGAUUUCGUGCUAUGCCCGUCCGCGACCUAGUCUCAGAAGAAGUGCCUUACAAUCGUCCGUACAAGUGUCGCAGCAAGUAUUUUGUCCCGAGAGAGCGAGUAGCUCGUCCGAAGAGACGAAUAAACAACCGUUAAUUCCAGAUACACCGAGCAGACACAGUUCGUUGCUGUCAGCCUCCGUCUACUCGACCACUGUACUGUCCCCCGGGACCAGCGUCGACAUUAGCUAUCCGAGGAGAUCGGGACGCGCCAGUCCGUUGCAACGGAGAGAGAACUUGUCCGCGGAAAGAAAGGGCAACGAUAAAUUUAUCAUUUCGUCUACCCCGAUAACGAAGAUUAUAACUUGUAAAACGUCGGUUAACGACAAGCGAGCGACGGAAGUAGACGACGUGAAUAACGCGUACGAAAUUGAGGAAGAUGUUGACGCGCUAGGCGGCUCCAAGAGAUCCGAGCACAUUGAGCGAUCCGGUUGUGGUGGAAGCGAUCCCGCGGAACAAGGUGAUAGUUUGGAGAAGGUCGUAGAGAGCAAGAGUCGACAAAACAGGUACAAUAACGGAGGAAUCGCGAGGGAAGAUGAUCCGAGUUUACGAGAUUACGAGAUGCCCGCACUCUCCGAAUUGGAAAAGGUCGCGGAAUCGAAGGUUCCGGGUGAGUCCGACGAGGAGCUGCUCGGAUUGCAAGAUAUCGUGGCCACUGGCGAGCACGAGGAGGCAUUUGAGCGGCUGUCAACGAUUCCGGAAAGCACGCCUUUGGACAGUCCAGUCCAAGCUUCUCGCUCGUUCCGCGAGACUUGGGAUCUGCGAGAAGGCGAGACGGCGGCAUGCGGCACAACGAAACCUAACGGCCUGCAAGAUUCGGUGCGGAUGAUGGGUGACGUUGAUUUGACCGACGACGAAUCUGCGAAUAGCAGAGCAAUGACACCGGCGGCAGAACUUGGUGAUGAGGCGGACAAUAACAAAGGGGAGACGCAUUUGACGCCGAUGGUGUAUUUAGAGCGUGUGUUGUACGACAUGUCGAAUAUUACGGACGACGAGUCCGAUUCCGGUACUGGAGAAACCGAGGAGCCAAAAGCGAGAAACGGUAGAUAUUCCGAUUUACAAAGGCCCUACGCCACGCGGAAUAUCCAAAUGGAGAGAAAUGAUGGAUCCGAUGAGAAGAACCGGAAGAGAACUCUACCGUCGCAGCUUGAUGACAAAACUUUUUCGAGCUAUGUAAGGCUACAUAAAGUAGAUGAUAGUAGCAUCGAGCUAUCCGAGGAGACGGGCCGGGGAGAGGCCUGUCAGAGUUUCUCCGAGAAAAGUGAGAGAAAUGAGGCGGAUACUUGCGGAGCCGUACGUAUGACUAGAUCACGUGGAGCAGAUUCGGCAGCAAAGGAUACAUCGGUGGGGCAAGUAGAAUUGGAGAGAUCCACCCGUCCACGAAGGGCGAGCUCAAUCGCCAAGGAUUCUCCAUCGCGAGGGGUGGCUCUGAAUUCACCAACGGGUCGUUCGUCUUUGCGUUCGAGGCGAGCGAGUUCUCUUGCGAAGGACGUGCUAAUGAGCUCGGCGAUGACGGAUCUUGAGCCGCAAUCAGCAAACUCCGGCGCGCAACCGUCAGUGUCGGCGUCAGCGUCAGCGAGAAGAGGCCGCAGAUGUAUGUCUGUGCCAAAGGAGAUGUCGCGGGCCGAGAUGACGGAUAGCGACUCGGAAAGCGUCAAGGAGGACGCGGGGAGGAGCACGGGACUCGCUUCUUUCGCGAGGAAAGAAUUGUCCGUGAGGAGAAGCACGAGAGCUUCUUCCGCGAGGGCAGAAUUGCCUGUGAGGAGAAGCACGAGACUCGCUUCUUCCGCGAAAAAAGAAUUGCAGGUGGAUGCUCCUACAGAGGUGGCUGAGGGGAGUCUCGCGAGGUCAGGAAGCGCGACAUCGCUCACGAAACUAACGAGCGACGACGACGAGGAAUGCGAGAACGCGAACAAGAGGCCUUUACGGGGCGCGAGCAAGCCUUCGUCCGAUAGCGCAACGACGAGCAGAUUAUUGAGAUCGUCCACAAGGGAUUUGGACAAGGAGCGUUCGAAGAAGCCGGAUGUUAAAACGAUCCGUAAACGCGGUAGUUCGCUACCUAAGGAGAUGAUACGAACGCAACCGGUUGGUUCGUGGCGACGUAGGUCUGGCAGUGUCGUCAAAGAAGUCAUCCUGGAGGUUGCCGAGCCUCCGGAGGAGGAGAUAAAGGUGGAGGAGUCGGAGUCGGAGUCGGAGUCGGAGUCGGAGUCGGAGUCGGGGUCCAAGUCCAAGUCCAAGUCGAAGACGGGCUUCACCGCGAGAAAUAGGGACGAGAUUGUUGGUAGACUAACGAGAAAGGCGCGCGCUCGAAGCGCAUCGUUACUGUCCGUGCCGGAGGAAUUGGAGGAGAUUCUGAGUCCGCCAUUGAGAGAGACGAGGUCCAGCGAAAGGAAGGCUACGCAGAGUAACGUUAGGGAGAGAAGAGCGGCUAGUGCCGAUGUGACACACACGGAGAUGAGGAGGAGUAUUAGAAAUGUGCGAUGUGGUAUCUGUCCGACAAGUGGUAUCGCGGCGGUAUCGCCAAUAGCAGAAGAGCUUGCGGAAAGUGAGGAUAGAGUACGAUUCGAUGGAGACGAGAAGACGGACGGUGAGGCCGUGCAGAGUGCGCCGACGCUAAAGAGAAGGACGAUCAAGGAGACGAAGAAGGAAGGAACGGUAAAGUCGAGACGAGGCAGGUCAAGGCGCGAGACCAGCGUGAGCCUAGAGUCCAGUCAUCUGUUUUCCUUCUCGUUGCCGGAGAAGACGGACAACGUGCCAUUGGGUGAGGAAGACAUUGGGGAAGUGCCGAAUUAUGUGUUCUCACCGCCCCAAAGCAGAUCUGAAAAUAUUUCUCCGAGCCAACAUCGUAGAAAAGUAAGAUCGUUCAUACCGAGUUGUUAUGAGGAAGGAGAACAACAGCCUACUACCCAGAAACCUCCUCGUGGCAUCGUCAAAUCCAGCAGUUAUGUUCCUUUAGCUAAAACGAACUACGUAUCACGAUUUCGAACGAGAUUCAUUAUAUCUAAAAGAUCUAAAAGCACGACAGAUUAAAACUGGCAACUUGUCAGGAAUUCUGGCGAAUCUGUCGCUCGUACAUUUUCAGUUUGUAAAUCUUUUAAUUUACGCCUGUAAAUUCAUUUUUUACAUUUAUAUUUUUUCCGCUCUAUUUUUCUAUACGCGUCCUUCUGUCAAUUAAACCGAUACGGCAACGAUCAUUCGUUGCAAAGUAUUCACUUUUACCACUUACAUACAAGCGUGAAAUAUCACAUACGUAAAAUUAUUGACCAGUUUCAGCUAUUACAAGCAAAAAUCUAGUACAAAGUAUUUCUCUGGUAUGAUAAACAACUAUGAAUGUUGACAAACAAAGAGAUUAAACUUGAAAGAUUAAAGUGUAUCCUAGUUAGAAAAUGAAAAAUCUUUUGCUUAUAAUAUUGACGUAUGUAUGUACUCUUCUGUCGGACGAACAAGUUUUAUUGUUUGCAGAGAGGGAAACAAUAUGGACACUUACUCUUGCUUUCUUUUUCUUUGCAAGCAACUACAUUUGUUUCGAUAGAAUGACGAUUAAGUAGUUGUUUUCUUUUCUUUCUCUGAUCAGGUAUUUAUUUUGAGUUAUGGUGGAAGAUAAUCGACUAUUCUGACAUUUAAAAUACAAGUUGAUAUAAUGUUGAGAAACAUACUUUUCUUUCCUUUUUUCCUUAUUUCAACAACACGCGGAGUUUCUCUUGAGUAAUCUUCUCGAGUAGAGUUCCAAAAGGUCGUUUUUCUCUAAAGAUUUGUAAACCUCCAUGAUUGACUCAAGUUAUGUUACGUCAUUGCAUAAGAAAGUUUAUGUUCCAUCAAAUUCCAAAUGUAUUUGUAUCGCGUUAUUUCUACAUCGAUACACAAGUUGCCAAGUAUACAGAGAUAUGACUACAAUAAAUAUCAUGUAAGAAAAAAGUACGAUGAAAUGUUUGGCAUAAAUACAUCGCGUCAAAAAUAUGUAUGCGUGCGCGCGCACACUGACCAUUUUAAUAGCAUUGAUUCCGUUUCAUUCUACAUUUCUCUUAAAGGUAUUUACCCUCACUUAGUUUCUUUUUUGUUAUUUUUGGACUUAUUCUGUAGCACAAGAUUCCUUGCACAUAAUAUAGUACGUCCCUCUACAGGAUUUUCGGCAAGAAGGCAAUGUAUCAUAUCUUUGUAAAUAAUUUAUUAACAUACUCAUGUAAAGCUGUAUCGAUACAAUAAACUUAAAAGAUAAUAUAUGAUGGUAUCAAACUCUAGAGAGAAGACUCCAUUCACCACAAAUGACAUAAUCGUAAUAAAAAGAGUUUAUAUAUCCUAAUGGAGUAACGCUCGAAAAAUUAACUACCAAUAGAGAUUCUUCUGAACACAGUCCUUAUACAAGUUAGUAAAUAAGUUCAUAUAUAUAUAUAUUUCUCUCUCAAUCCUUAGCAUCAUCUGUGCAUAUAUCUGUGGCGCUUACAAUCUAACGCCGAUUCCGGUUUUUACAGAAGAGUUUUUAUACUAUCGGUGGUUUUUGCCUUUCGAGAAGUGACGACCGAAAAACAUGAUUUUUUUGAUUGAUUUUGAACUCGGAUUUUCGGCUCACUAGAGCAGGGCACACGAUUGCCAUGCACAUCUUUUAUAUAACGCGCGAAUAUAAAGAAUAUAAAAUUACGAUAUUUCUUUCUUCCUUUCUGAAAGGGAAAUGUAACAAUUUCGCAUUCCAACACUUUCCUUCGAUAUAUUACAGCUGACAAUAUACCUAAACGUUUUGAAAGCUUAUUCAUAUCGUAUAUUUCUCAAAGUUUAAAAAACAAUGUAGUACGUGAGAUCCGUUCGACCUCUAGAGCUUUACAUAUAAUUACGUAUGUUUGCAUUUUCUUUACCACAAUACUUUUUCUUUUUUCUAAAGGCCAGCAUUAAAGUGUUAUCUUUG